CGCGCUCUAGGUCUGCCAAAUCCGCGGGCCGGCAGCGUGUGCCUGGUCACUUUCGUCCCGGACAGGACCCCUCCUCCUCCUCCUGCUCCAUUAUUGAUGGAUCCAUGGAUAGAUGGAUGCCUGCCUCCAUUAUUUCGAUGCCAUGAUUUGAUUCUCGCCUUGCCUUUCUCGGUUAUCUUCAUUCGAUCCCCCCGGAAUUAUCUUAGCUAGCACGAGUGGUACGUAAACAGUGUACGUGCUCCGUCUAGUUAGUUCUCCAAUUAGCUAGCUAUACGUUGCCCAAGAGAUUGCAGCAGCUCUUGUUCCGGGACGGGAGCAAUGAAGAUCCCCAGCUUCCAGAGCAAGAGCAGCAGCGGCGGGGCCAGCGGCUCGAGCACGGGCUUCGGCUCAGGCUCCUUCAACCUCCGGAACCUGUCCAAGCUCAUGCUGCCGCCGCUCGGCCACAGCCUCAGCCAGUCGACUUCCGGCACCGACGAGAGGGUCGUCUCGCCCCUCGACUCCAGAUACAGGUGCUGGGAGACGUUCAUGGUGAUCCUGGUGGCCUACUCGGCAUGGGUGUACCCGUUCGAGGUGGCCUUCAUGGAAGCCUCGCCCAAGGGGGGGCUGGAGGUGGCCGACAUGGUCGUCGACAUCUUCUUCGCCGUCGACAUCGCCCUCACCUUCUUCGUGGCCUACAUCGACUCGAGGACGCAGCUCCUCGUCCGCGACAGGAAGAGGAUAACCUUCAGGUAUCUGUCGACGUUCUUCAUCAUGGACGUGGCGUCGACGAUUCCGUACCAAGGCAUAGCCUACCUCGUCAACGGCGAGGUCAGGGAAGGCAUGGUUUACAGCCUGCUCGGGCUGCUCCGGCUCUGGCGUCUCAGGAAGGUCAAGCAAUUCUUCACAAGGCUGGAGAAGGACAUCAGGUUCAGCUACUUCUGGGUACGCUGCGCUCGGCUCAUCGCGGUGACGCUGUUCCUGGUGCACUGCGCCGGGUGCCUGUACUACAUGCUGGCGGACCGGUACCCGGACAGGGACAAGACGUGGAUCGGCGCGGUGAUCCCCAACUUCCGGCAGGAGAGCCUGUGGAUCCGCUACAUCUCCUCCAUCUACUGGUCCAUCACCACCAUGACCACCGUCGGCUACGGCGACCUGCACGCCCAGAACAACCUCGAGAUGAUCUUCAACAUCUUCUACAUGCUCUUCAACCUCGGCCUCACCGCCUACCUCAUCGGCAACAUGACCAACCUCGUCGUGGAGGGCACACGCCGCACCAUGGAGUUCAGGAACAGCAUUCGUGCGGCGUCCAACUUCGUGUGCCGCAACCACCUGCCGCCGCGGCUGCAGCAGCAGAUCCUGGCCUACAUGUGCCUCAAGUUCAGGGCGGAGAGCUUGAACCAGCAGCAGCUCAUGGACCAGCUGCCCAAGUCCAUCUGCAAGAGCAUCUGCGAGCACCUCUUCCUCCCCGUGGUCAAGGACGUGUACCUCUUCAAGGGCAUCUCCAGAGAUGCGCAGCUGCUCCUUGUCACCAAGACCAAGCCGGAGUACAUACCGCCCAAGGAGGACGUGAUCGUGCAGAACGAGGCGGCCGACGACGUGUACAUCAUCGUGUCCGGCGAGGUGGAGGUCAUAUACUUCAACGGCGAGCGGGAGGAGGUGGUGGGAAAGCUGGGGACCUUGGACAUCUUCGGCGAGGUGAGUGCCCUGAGCGACCGCCCGCAGACCUUCACGUUCCGGACCAGGACGCUCAGCCAGCUGCUGAGGCUCAAGCAGGCCACGCUCAGGGAGGUCAUGCAGAGCAAGCCCGACGACAGCGCCCUCAUCGUCAGGAACUUCCUCAAGCAUCAGAUUGAGGUGCAUGACAUGAAGGACCUGCUGGGCGAGAGCAUCGGAGCGGCCGGCAGUGGCAACAUCGUCCCGUGCAAUCUGCUGACGGUCGCCGCCACAGGGAACGGCGGCUUCCUUGGGGACCUGCUCAAGGUCGGGAUGGACCCUGACGUCGGUGACUCCAAGGGAAGAACCGCGCUGCACAUCGCGGCGUCAAAGGGGUACGACGACUGCGUGCAGGCUCUGCUCAUGCACGGCUGCAACGUCAACAUCAAAGACGCGCAGGGCAACACGGCGCUGUGGCAGGCCAUCGCGGCGAGGCACCACAAGGUGUUCAGCAACCUGUACCACGCCGCGCGCGCCACGAACCCGCGCGCCGGCGGCGACCUCCUGUGCCUCGCCGCGCGGCGAGGCGACCUCGACACGCUCCGCGAGCUCCUCAAGCACGGCCUGGACGUGGACUCCGAGGGCCACGACGGCGCCACGGCGUUGCGCGUCGCGCUGUCCGAGGGGCAGGCCGACGUGGCCAGGUUCCUCGUCAUGAACGGGGCCAGCGUGGACAAGGCCGGCCUCGACGACGACGGCUCUGCCCCGCAGCAGACCACGCUGCCGGCGGCCGAGCUGCGUGAGCUCGUGAAGAGGCGGGAGGUCGGCCACCCGAUCACCAUCUACGACUACGACUCGCCGCCGGCGGUCUGCUCGUCGUCCGGGGAGCUUCGGCAGGGGAGGUUCCCAAUCCCGGGCAGCGCGAGAUCAUCGGACAGCGCGCACUGGCCGCGGGUGAGCAUCUACAAGGGCCAUCCGUUCGUCAGAACCCACAGCUCCGAGGCCGGAAAGCUCGUCAAUCUGCCCGCCACGAUGGAGGAGCUCAAAACCGUCAUUGGAGAGAAACUGAAAGUGGAUCCGGAGGAGGCGCUGGUCGUGAACCACGAGGGAGCGGAGAUCGACUCGGUGGACGUGAUCCGCGACAACGACAAGCUGUUCAUCGUCACCCAAGAGCACAUGAGGAUGCUAGCGUCGAUGGAUUCCGCGGCUGCUUUGCCGCAUACAUUGUCUGUAGGUUCAAGUGUUUCAGUAGCAAGUGUCAUAUAAUUCUGACAUGUGCUAGCUGGAAUUAUUUUUUCUCUCUCGUUCUGAAUAAUCCAGUCAUCUCCGUGGCAUGUCAUAUAAUUUUGAUAUGUGCUAUCUCCGUGGCAUGGCGAAGAUUCAAGCAA